AUGACCGAGGUAGAAAUGAAGAGGAUAGCUUCUCGACUUGAAAAUGUGGAAGGACAAUUGUUGAUUACUGGUGAGACUCUAAAAAGGAAUGAACAAGCUAUGACUAAUCUGUCAAAAGAAGAAGAUCAAAUGAUAGCAACGCAAAGCACACUAAACGAAAGACUCGAGAAUGUGAAACAAAUAGUGACUUUUAAUGAAACAAAACUGGACGAGGCCAAGAGGAGGAUAAAAGUUGUUGAGUUGCAGAAAAAGAUCGCUGAAAAACGCUGCGAAAGACUGGGAGAAAUAGAAGGACAAAUUAACCUGAAGCUGCUACAAAUCAACAAACACAUUGAUGAUCUGCAAUCAAGCUCGCAAAAUGGAGGACUGAGUGAAGAAGAAGAAAUGGAGUUGAAGGAAAGAAUUGAAGACCUGAAAAACAGUUACAGGGAAUCUGAGGCUAGAGCAGAACUUGCGCAUCAAAAGAUCGCAGCGCUGAGCUGCAAGCGUAACUCUUUGGAGAAAGAAUUGGAGGAGCUGACUCACAAAAAACUCUGGGCACAGGAUGAACUCAACAAGGUGUUUGAUGAGUUUAGCGUUCCCGCAUAAAUGGACAAGACUCUUUAAGCCGUGUUAUGUUUCCCUUUUGCAUAUCAGUUAUGUCCUUGCGGUCUAUAAAAAUAGAAGUUUAGCCCAGAUCCUAAGGACGUUGAGGAGAAUUUUGAGCAAGAAAGACAGCUUAUGCGGAGAAUGCUCGCAAAGUGAGACUUCACCUUAAACGUAGGCGUCGAACACAGAACACUCUCUAACAUAGAAUACCAUAAUUCUUCCGUGCUGUACAUAACACUGACUAGCAUAACCGGCAGUCGACCAUAAGAACGACAAAAUCUUACAUUAAACGACUGCCUUAAACCAGCUUGUCAAGCUGUUGUUGUUUAUGUAUUUCUUCGUUUUAGUUGUUUUGAAAGGUGGAUUUAGAUUAAGAUUAAUCUCGCCCAUAGACUCACUGGUGUUAGUGUGACGUGGGAGACCUGGGUUUCAAGUAGUCAGCAGUGGCGGAUCCAGGGGAGGGACCCGGGGGGGCUACCGCCCCUCCCCCCUGCCCCCUUAUUUUUAGACCAAACUGAGGCCCGAAGGGCUGAAAAAUUUGUUUUGGAGACCGGGCCCCUCCCCCUUAUCCAAGAGAGAAUGAUCUACCUCAUUCUCUCUUCCCUUAUCUCAGGAUCUGAAUAACCGGGCCCCCACUUAUUUCAAGGUCUGGAUCCGGCACUGGUCAGUUUCCCCGGUCAGGGACUCCUGGUCGACCCCGGUUGUUCGAAAGUUGGAAAGCGCUAUCCACCGGAUAAAUUCGCUAUCCAGCGGACAAACCAAUAGGCCACUUCCGAGUAACAGAAAGCCUCACUUUCAAAAUAAGGCCAAGUGCACAACCUUUGUUGUGGAAAUGAGUUUUAUAUGCAUGAGAAUCAAAAAUCAUUUUCAUACCAAAGGCUGAGCACUGAACCUCGUUUUGAUACAGAGGCCCGGGAGAACUCGGAAAAGGCCCAUUGCGUUAUCCAGUGGGUAGUGCUAUCCAACUUUUGAACAGCUGGGGCCUGGUGACUAAUAAUGGAAAUUGUAAAUUGUAAAAGUAGGUGGAAUAUGAUUGUCCCGUAGACCUGAAUAGGACUGUUGUUGACAGGGCAUGACUGACGUUUCGACAACCUGUGCAGUACUGUCAUCUUCAGAGUCGGUGAUUUGUAUCAAGUCAGUCGAUGGUGAGUUUCUUAUUGUGUAACUAUCAAAAUCCUUAAAUUUGGAUUACCCAGAAUGCCGCAAACCUAGCAUUCUGGGCCAAGUUGUUCAAAGUUGGGUUAAGAUAACCCAGGGUUAGUUUGAAAUUUGAAUUCAGAUAUGAAAGCGUAAAAAGCAAAUUCAGUUUAAUUCUUUUUGUCAACAAUUUGAUGGUUGCCUACUCUAAAAAGAAUAGAGAAAAUUGUCCGAGAAAAUGCUUUUGAUCAAAAGAAAAAGAGUCCCGGGUUAAAAUUUAACCCUGGGGUAGCGCUAAUCGGCCUUCGAACAACUGGGCCCUGGCUGUUUAAAAGGUAUCAAAAACUUUCGAGAAACAAGCUCCUGGCUACCCUCCCGCAGAAUCCGCAGUACGUGAUGGAUUAUACGUCAUGUAGUACCAUCACGCUUUGUGUCAUACGACGCCUGAGCAGGUACCAGUGGUCAACAAAGAUCGGCAGAUUCUCAAACGUUAUUUCAGAAAUAGCAUUUGGAUUUUGUUGAGUCUUAUACUGGAAUAGUGUCUCCACAGUGUUCACUAGAAUUGGAUUAAACUCUUCAAUUGAACUCGUUUUCGAUAGGAUGACUGAAUUGCUCCUCACAUAAACACGACUUCGGUUUUUUCACCAUGGCAUUCCAAUGAAUUGUCAUACAUGAACCAGUACACCACUGAAAUUCAUGUUUGUCAAUAUUAUAAACAGACGAUUUCUCUUCAGCUGAAAAAGUUAGAUCGCUCAUUUUUCAACCAUCCUGGUUUUAGACUUGUCGCAAGUAAAAACGGCGGGAAAAUUUUCCCGCCAUUAUCUCAUUCGUGAAACAUGAAGUGAUGCGAUUUACCUGGAACUUUACCACUCUCUCCUGUCCUGUGAUUGGCUGGUGCAAGGAGCGUGAACAAUCAGCCCGUGAAUCCGACACAAACAAAAUAAAUGCAUCCUAUGACGUCAUGUUUCUGCUGUCCGCAUUCAAUAUGGUGGAAGUUAAUUUCCCGGGUAAGUUUUGAAAAUCAAACUUAUUAUGAUCUAGGUUGAUUCAAAAACUUGAUUUUGUCUCAUAUAAAGUGUUGAUAGAAGGGAUUACGUUUCUGAUACAGUUUGCCAUGCGUUUUCGAAUCAGUAGCCUUUUAAAGUGACGCCCACAAAACUGAAUAUUUCCUAUUAAAAGAAAACGGGCGAAUAGAAAAGCUGGCCCUUAAGCACAUCCUCACGCAGUCUUCCAAUGUAGGUAUAGAGGUGAAAAUUUGUUUUACAUGUGAUUUAGCUUUAUAUCUUUGAUUAGAAUUCGACAACUUUUCUUUCUUGAUCGCUGACAUCGUUUAUAAGAGUGAACCCUCCAUAAAGUUCUGCUAAGCCGGGAUGAACAGGUGGUAAUCACUUAAGGUUUAACUACCGUACCGACUCAUUUACAAGUUUCAUAUUGACUUCCUAAUAUAAUGGUCAUUGGGAAACCGAUCUCUGCUCGCCCGGCGUCAACCUGUUCAUUAACUGCGAAACAGUAUUUUUCUCCCGUCCUAGGGCUUAGCUAAACAAUAUAGUUGUGUUUUCACGUGCUCAUGUAAAAACUAAAAUAGUUUAAUAAAUCACGCUAAGAUUACAGCCCUUUUUAGUUAUGACAAACGAAGCGAAUAGUUUGUUGUAUGAAUGGAACGAAAACAUUUGUUCAAGGACGGUAAGGUCUAACAAGAGUUAGGCAUCUCUGUAUAUCUGUUGAAGAUAUUUUUCAUAAAUUUUCUUCCGUGUUUCCAGACAAGUGAUUAACCUUCGAUGAGAGCAAUGAAAGAGAUGAGGUUUUGGUGUCUUGCAUUGUUAGCUUUGUGUCUAACGACUGCAAAGGCAGAAGGUAAGUCAUUCUUGUGUAGACAGGCCGAGUAUGACCAUAGGAAACUUCAUAUUUGGUCAGUGUUAGCGAUAAAGUAUACUUGUUUGCCGUGAAAUCCCCCCUAAAUCAUCGGUUCUUCAACUGUUAUCCUGACACAAAGAAAUAUUUUCUUAUGUGAUGCUGUGGUCCGGUCCCGUCUAAUCUUUAUUUCAGAGGUAGUCAUUUCGCACUAGGACCGACUCUGCCUCUGUGUUUUACCAGAAACUGAUAAAACUCUCUCAGGUUUGCAGUAAAGUUACUUGGUACCGGGUGUUCAUAAGUAAAGGCGGGGCCGACCUUGUGAGGACCAGCAUCGAUCCGACGCUAGAGAAUAGCAAUGUUCGCAACUUGCUUUAUUUGGAGGGCACACUGUUUGUGGGUCAGUUCUUGCUUGUGAUUCCUUUUAUUAAGCUGUCAGUAUAAUAUGAUUUUCGCACAGUUCGAGAUUGAGUAGUACUGCCCUUCAAGUAGUAUUAACUGCUGUAAAAACUCUACAAGGUGGUUAUAGCUUUUCAUUGCGCUCGAAGAUCGAUAUGUAACUCUUAACAGUAUCAGUUCAAACAAAAGGAAUGAACUUUACUUUCGUCUCAAAAAUCUUCUUGACGUCCUUUUGGUGUUUUCGAGUUCAAGUAGAGACCCAGUCUUGAGUUAAUUAAAUAGAUGUCAACUCGAAAAUCGGCAUCACUGAAGGAUUUUGCUAUACAGGCACAUUAAAUUUUUUCAACGUAAAUUAUCAUGUCUUCAUCCUGUCGGUGAAUACAUUUGUCUCGUUCAGAGUAUUGAUCUUGUUGUACAUCGGCCUUCUGGGAUAUCAAUAAGAAAGGCAUGGUACACACUUAUUAUUGGAUGAUCUUACUUUGUUUUUAGUCCAAUGGCCUGGUGGUACAUAUGGUUUACCAAUGCCUGAUACAGGCUGUCCGUCUGACGGUGCAACAGAUUGGAAAACAGGCUGGACGUACCACGAUACCGAGGACGACAAUAAUGAGAACCAGCGGUCCAACAUAUUCCAUAUGCCUGGCAACUUUUCUGCGCAUGGCAUUCAGCAAAAGUUUUGCUUAAAAGAAGGCAAUAACGAGAACACUGGCAGCGAAAUAUGGCCGGAGGGGAAAUACUGUGUUUACAAAAAAGGUGUGUGGUAGGGAGGGUGAGUAAUAUUUUUAAGGUGGAAGAUGAAUUAACGAUUUUUUAGGGUCGUAUUACCUUUUGUAAAGCUAGUCGAAGCUGUAUUCAGUGAAGCUGCAUUCAUAUUCCAUUUAAUACACCUCACUAGUGGAAGUCCACUAGAAGAUCGUUUUUCUCAAUUGCUGCCAAACUGACCUCUACAAAGCUGUCACCUACCAAGGUCUCCAGAAAUUUUUUUAAAAAAGUCGACCUUUAUUAAGUUCUAAUCUCUGGUCACGGUCACUUUUAUACAAUAAUUUUAAAUUUUUUAGGGAAAUAGUUUAUAAAAAUUGGCUGAAAACUUGAUAUUAACGCUUGAAAUAUACCAUGCUGUAUGAAAAUAUUCUGCAGUUGAGGAAUAGGUGCAUGUUGAAGGCAGGUAUAAAAGGAUGUUUUUUUUAAAGAAAAGAUUCAAUCCUAUUCUUAAUUAUCUGUGACACUACUCCCCCAGCGAAAUCACGGAUUAACGUACAUGGGGCGAAUAUUUGCUUUUUCUCAGGGAUAUGCCCGAGUGGACUCAAAGAAGGAUUUAUCCGCUGGGACGACGAACAAUCUGAGAUAGACUACAAGGAUAAACACUUCGGAGACCUACCUGAUGGAAAUUACGAGAAAUCUCACACAACGAUAAACUACUGUUGCAGUACAAAAGGCAAUGUUAACAAUCCUAUUCAGCUGCCCGCUCUUAAACCUUUCUAUCUUCUUACCUAUGAUUCCGCCCAGUGUCAGAAAGUGGCUGGAACCAAGGUUACAAGCGAGUUUAUUAAGUUUGAUGAUGAUGAUCAAGGCAACACUGAUGCGGCGGGUGGAGCCCAUCCGUAUGGACCCAGCGAAGAUCCCUUUAAUCUCAAGAUUUACUACUGUUAUUAUGAGCCAGGUAAGUCAGGAUCAAUCAGCACGAGGUAAUUUUUGCGGGCUCGAUCCUCUCAUCGCCCGCAAUCCUAAUCUCGAGGUUGCCAUUGCGCAUGUCUGGCACAUAUUUAGGCAGUAUUCGUUGAGACUUCCGUUAAGAAUGAACGGAGUGCAUAGAAGACAAUCUGAUUACACGAGUUUGUACCUUUUAUGUUGUGCGUUUUGCCACUCACGAAUCAAACCCAUCUCUUGCAAUAAAUCAGGUUGUUGUAGGUUGAAAAAAGUUUUGCAAAAAAUAGAACGACUCUGUACUUUCUGCCAUAUAUAUAGUAACACAUAAACGACUUUGGAAGGGAAAGAUUGAUGUAAUUUUUAACGCGAUGGGCCAAGGUUUUUGCACGCAAUCGCUGUUUUUCCUUGAAAAUUUAGAGCCGCUGCGAAGGAGACUAAUAUUUACUCUGACGUAUAACGAUUUCUGCUUUCUAUUUAUAGGUCAGGAGAGUGAGGACGAUCUUGGAACAGGAAAGCAAGUUAGAAGCAAGGUAAGUCGUUACCUUAAUUAUUAGACACAGCACAGGUUCAUAUCAUCAAUUAUCAUUUUCUGGAACGAAAGCAUCCGUCAGUCAUAACCUUGUCUAAGACAAGACAUUGCGACUGUCUCCUUUAUAAGUGGUUUUCUUUUUCUAGUGCAAACAUGACAUGCAAAGUAAAAGGAACCCUUUACUGGACGUGAAUUGUCGCAUCUUACAUUAAGCAGUCGGUAGCUUGUCUACAGACUUUUUCUUUUUUGCAACAAUUCGACAGCGCGCAAGCGAGCAUUAAGCGCAUAUUUUCUCUUUUCCCACCCCCAGCAACUUUCGCUUGCAGUGAAUAAAUUCUCUACGGUUUUUAUUUUUAUAGGUGUGCUCCACCAUCUUUAAAGAGAAAAUAGGGUCUGCUCUGUGAACAGGCUAGGCAGUUAGAGACCGAAUGCUAUUCCGUGAAUAAAAAAUGACAAAGAUAUAAAUUUCACUUUUUCUAGAUCCCAACUGGUAAAGCUUCGAGUUCAGGUUUAGCGGUGGCUAUUGGCUGUGGCGUGGCUGGCGCCAUUGUAGGAACCGCCUCAAUUGCAUUCGCCACCAAAAGGAUUCUCGCGCACAGAGCACGUGCAGCGUAUGAUCUUGUGGAUGACCCACAGCCUGAUGGGCCAUGAUGUCAUGUGACCUCACUACCCAAAUAAGGAAAAGGCGAAACGUCAUAUCAACUCUUUGUAUGCAUGAUAAUUGUAGCUGCAGACUGCUUAACGUACAGUAGUCAACCAGCUCUGUUAAUGCAUUCUUAAAUGCAAUCACUGUGCCGUAUAAUUUCCUCUUUUCGUUAUGAAAGGAAAAUACUUGUUUUGGUAAGGGUAAAAAAAGUACAAAGCGGAGCUGAAGGUGGUUUUUAAAUGUUAAAAAGCGGCAAAUAAGGACUUCACGGAACGCUUGUGUUUUGAAGAAAACGCAAAAGAUUUUAACUUAUAUAUGUAAUGAAGCCAUUUAUGUAACUGAAUUGGACAAUAUACAGAAUUGUUCUUUUAGGACAUGCGGGGCAAAAACCACGAUUGACGGAUAAUAAGGACAAUAAAGGAGUCAAAACAGCACAGCCUAGGAAAACGAUAGCUACAAAACAGAGAAAAAACUUGACAGGGUCUGAGGAGGAUGACCCGUUUCUUUUCUACCACGAUUAAGAUAUUUAUUUCUUUCCCAUCAAUACAGUAUGCUAAAUAUCUGUUAAUUCAAUUCAUAAGUUAACAGGAUGUACAGAAUAUAAUAAUACGUAAUGUGAAUGCUGAACUAUUGUAUUACCUUAGUAAGCUUUAGUAUACGAAUGGGUAAAUGUAGUGAAA